AUGGCGGCUCAAUCGACGACGACAAAGAAGACAUUCGAGAACGAUUAUGGAAAUUUUAGCCAGUUCAAAAAAGGAAAUCCGCUGAAGGUUAGUAAAAUUCGAAAAAUUUUGCCUAUAGGAGUUUUCACGUUUUUUUUCAGCAAUCACUAGCCGAGCAUAUCUACCUGCAGUACCUGUUGGUGUCCGGAAUCUACAUGUUGGAGCCGUGGGAGCAGCGCCUCUUCAACUGGAUUCUCAUCGUUAUUUUCGCCGCCUUCGUCGCCCUCAUCGCGUUUUUCGUCGUCUAA